GUCCCCGCCCCGUCCCUCCCACUUCCGCAGGCACCCAACCGUGCGUGUCCUGCGUGCUGACGUCGGCAGCGUGCCCCUGUCCGGCAGCGGAGGAGACCCCGCGCAGUGCUGCCAACGCCCCGGUGGAGAAGCCGAGGUCAACAUCAAAUUUGAGAUAUUUAAAGUGGAUACAAAACUAUUUCAGCAAUGCAGACAAUUAAAUGUGUUGUUGUGGGCGAUGGUGCUGUUGGUAAAACAUGUCUCCUGAUUUCCUACACAACAAAUAAAUUUCCAUCAGAAUAUGUACCGACUGUUUUUGACAACUAUGCAGUCACAGUUAUGAUUGGUGGAGAGCCAUAUACUCUUGGACUUUUUGAUACUGCAGGGCAAGAGGAUUAUGAUAGAUUACGGCCACUGAGUUAUCCACAAACAGAUGUAUUUUUAGUCUGUUUUUCAGUGGUUUCUCCAUCCUCAUUUGAAAAUGUGAAAGAAAAGUGGGUGCCUGAGAUAACUCACCAUUGUCCAAAGACUCCUUUCUUGCUUGUCGGGACCCAAAUUGAUCUCAGAGAUGAUCCCUCUACAAUUGAGAAACUUGCCAAGAACAAACAGAAGCCUAUCACUCCAGAGACUGCUGAAAAGCUGGCCCGCGAUCUGAAAGCUGUCAAGUAUGUGGAGUGUUCUGCGCUCACACAGAAAGGCCUAAAGAAUGUAUUUGAUGAAGCAAUAUUGGCUGCCCUGGAGCCUCCCGAACCGAAGAAGAGCCGCAGGUGUGUGCUGCUAUGAACACUCUCCAGAGCCCUUUCUGCAAGCUGGGGUCGGCGUCGCACUAAAAGCAAUGUUUAAAUCAAACUAAAGAUUAAAAAUUAAAAUUCGUUUUUGCAAUAAUGACAAAUGCCCUGCACCUACCCACAUGCACUUGUGUGAGACAAGGUCUAUAGGUAUGGUCCCCCUUCCCCCUCCAGUAGUAGUUAAUUUUGAGUAAUUGUGUAUUGUCAAGACCGUGAUCAGUAUACUAGUUUAUGUUUUGUUCUUCAAAAACAACGUGUUUUUUUGUUGUUAUUUUAAAAGCAAGGCAUGCUUUGUGAUGACUUUGUAACAGACUAACUUGAAUUGUUGGAGCUGCUCCCUAGUUCCUCUCUGGAGUGUAAUCUGGGACAUCUUAGCGUUUUUGUUUAGUUUUUUUUCCCCCCCUUUUUUUUUUUGAGGGGGCAGAGUGUAUGUGGGGUUUUUUAGUCUUGUUUUUUUAAUUCAUUAACCAGUGGGCAGCCCUUAAGGGAGGAGGAUGGAUUGAUUCCACAUUCCACUUCCUAGACCUAGUGUAGAAGACACGUUCACCACCUGGUGCUCUUAGGAAGGAGUACAGUAAAUGCCUCAUUAAUAACAUACUCCUUUUUGAAAGUUGCCUUUUCUCUCCACCCUUGAGUAGAUCCAGUAUUUGAUGAAAUUCAUGAAAGUAGCUGGAACCUGCCUUGCCCCUCCUCUGUUCUAGGAUGCACUAUAUAUGUGACUGUGACUUUCAAGGAAGUUUGUUUGCCAUUUGCUGAUUUUUUUUUGGAAGUUAAUUUCUAACUUCUUUCACUGAUGAGAAAAGUAUUGCACCUUUUGAAAUAUACCAAAUGGAUUGAGUUCAUAAUUAAAAAAAUUCUUUCCCUGUCAGUCAUUGUCUUACAUGCUUAGCAUUGAUUUUCAACUCAUAGUGUGUUAUGGUGUUCCUAGAACCCAGUGGAAGACCUGGAAUGUAGAGGAAACAUGAGGGGUGGUGCUAGCAGACAGAUCCUGGGGACUGAUACACAUCCUCUUCCGGGUUAUGAGGGUGCAGGCCUGCUUCAUCAGGAAGCUGAGAAUGGGGCUUGGUGGGGAGACGCUUAACAACAAGGGGACUAGUCAGCAGAAUCCCCUUAUUUUUGUUUUGCAUAAGAGAUGUGGUAGAGAAGCCACUUGAGGCUCUCUAGUUUAAUAAAAAUCAUGGAAAGAGUCUUAAGAAGACUUCCUAAGUGUUAAUAGGGGUUUUAUCAGCUAAUUUCGGUUGCAGUCUUGAAUUUUUAAAGAUGUUUAGAUAAUCUUUUCCACCUUUCCCAAAUCCUAAUUCUUAUAGAUUCAUUAGUGUUGAACCAAUGCUUUCUCAUGUCUCAAUUCUUUGUAUAUGCAUUCUUUUCAGAUGUAUUAAACAAACAAAACCCUUCACAA